CUACUCUUUGAUAUGUAACCUGUAGUGUUUGCACUAUUUUCAUUACAAAUAUUGUUAUUUAUAUUUCGGAAAUCGUCCUCUAUUCUUUUGAACAUAUUACAGUUUGUUUUUUGUAUAAAAUUGCAGUAGUUAGUAUAAUUUACAUGUCGGUUUAUUUCGAAGUAUUCAGUAGGUUCAAGAAUGUAAUAAUAAUUUGGUUGUGAAAAGCUAGCGGCUAGCGAGUUGUUUUUUCACAUGUUUGAAAAAAAUAUAAUGUUUUAAUAAAUAAAAUGCGGUGUUACGUUCCGUCGUGCUAUAAUGACUCCAGAAAUAAACUUUCCAAAUCCCAAGGCAUUACAUUUCAUGUGUUUCCAACAGAACCCAAGCUACGAGCCGCCUGGAUGAAAGCUUUACACAUUGAAAACGGUUCACCGAAAGAUCGUAAAUUGGUGUGCUCAGAGCAUUUUAAGAUCGAGGAUAUAUAUGUUACCGCAAAUGGGUUACGGAGGUUGAGGAGUGGAGCUGUACCAAUUAAUACCUACGACCAUGAGAUUAUCGAAGAUAUAAAACUGAUGGUGUGCAGAGUGUGCCUUGGUAUGGAUUUGCAGUUGCUACCGAUAGCAAGGUACAGCUUGGAUGAGGCGUAUGACAGCAUAAUGGGAUGUGAUUUUCUCGUAAACAAUCUACCUCAGUACAUAUGUAAGGAGUGCGCGUUUCGUUUGAAGAACUGUUGGAGUUUCAAAAACAAGUGCCUGCGCGCUAGGAACAUUCUGGAUGACUUAUUUAGGAAUAACCAUAAUGUAACGUUAGAAUGUGUAAAAACUAUAGAUCGACAGGCAAACCAGUUGGCGUCGAAUUUAUCCACAAAAACUCUAGAUCCAGAUAGCGUUAUAUGUUUAGAAUACUCGGAAAGUGAAAAUGCACUAAAAGCUGAAGUCAGUUCGAACGGCGAAUUAAAUAUAUUCGAAAACCAAGAAGAUUUUAAUGAGCCAAUCGAUGUUAAUGAUGCGAAUAACGAAUUGGUUAAUGAUGAAAAUGCUAUCAUAAACGAUGCGUAUUCGUCAGAUGACAGUCUGCCACUGGAGCUGCAGAGGAGGAAGCGGAAGAAGGACAAGGCGAAGUCGGUGAAGAAAGUGAGGAAGAGAGAGGAGCCGAAGAUAGAUAGGCGCAGGAAGCCGUUUCUGAACAACGAUCUGAGCGAAACACUGUUUACCAUAACGGAUCUGACGGUGGAGGAGCAAGUGGCCGAGAUUCAGAAGAGGCAAGAGUCGGCGAACUAUAAGAAUGCGGUCUAUAAAUGUACGGCGUGUUUCAAGGGGUUUCUGGACGAAGACGCCUACAAUUGCCACGUCCUGAGGCAUACUAAUCAAUGCGGCGACCACCAGUGCAGUAUAUGUAAAACAUAUUUCAAACACCCGCACGCUCUGCGCAAACACAUAACGGCUCAUCAUACGCAGCGGUACAGUUGCAACCGGUGUCCGUACGUCACUACGCAUAGGCAAACAGCUAGGCUGCACGAGAGGUGGCAUAAAGGAACGAAAUACAAAUGUCCGCAUUGUCAAGACGAAUUUGUCAAGUUCACAACGUACAUGGGCCACAUACGGAUAAAGCAUCCGUCGGAUUUCGUGUGCGCACUCUGCGGGUACUCGUUCGUGAGCGAGAAAGGUAUCGAAUUGCACAAGAAGUUGAAGCAUCGCCUGGAGGAUGGUAAGAUACCGGACGACGGGCCGCUGUGCGAGCUAUGCAAUGUCCGUUUCCUGGAUCAGGCCGCGCACAAGAGGCACUUGAGCAUGUCCGCGCGGCAUCGCGACGACAACACAAAAGAAGACAGACGCAGAAAAGGCCGGCGAACGCGUGACGCAAAUGAUAAGAAAGACGACGGUAGCGAUGCGGACGAAAAGAAGAAAUCCUAUCCGAGCCAGCUCAGGAAGGCCGAGGGUCCUAUACCGUGUGAACAGUGUGGCUUACAACUGGAAGAUUCUAGAGCGUAUCACAGUCACUUCCGGCGGAUGCACCCGGACAAGAAUCGAACCAACUACCCGUCUAUGAAGUCGCCGUGUAUGUGCGAAGUUUGCGGACGCAUGUUCCAGAGCCAGGCGCUGCUGAAGGACCACCGCUGGGUGCACACGGGCGAGCGGCCGUUCGCGUGCGCGCUGUGCGGCAAGGCGUUCCGCAUGCGGCAGCGGCUCGUGGCGCACGCGCGCGUGCACAGCGCGCCGCGCGCCGCCUACGCGUGCGCGCUCUGCGGCAAGAGCUUCAGCACGCACAGCAACUGCCAGCGGCACAUGUUCAUACACACAGGCCUCCGCCCCUACAAAUGCGAGAUGUGCGGGAAGUCGUUCAAGCACGCGAGUGAGAAGCGCGCUCACAUCACUUACGUGCACCUCAAGAAGCCGUGGCCGAAGCGGAGCAGGGGAAAGAGGAGGGAGAAGGGUCCACCACAGAAUCCGGCCUCAAUGCCGAACGAAAUGGACGCAGGACAAGCGAUAUGGGCGCCGUGUGACCCGAAGUUAGCCGAAAUGAACUCCAUUAUAGACAAACCUAUGUAUUAUAAUUUAAAAAUGUGAUUUAUUAUACAUAAAAAUCGAUUAAUUUAUAAUCUAGAUCGAGCAAUAAUUUUGUAUUAAAAUGUAAUGUAAGAGCGAAAUUAAAUCAACCGUUAUUGGUAUGCAAAAAGGAUUUAUCAGUCAAUCGUUGUGGGGGAAGGGAGGGUGGAAAACAAUC